GGAGGAAGGAAGGAGAGGAGGCGAGACAUUGUCUCAGUCCACCACAUGCCUCUGAAGACAUGCAGUGUCCAGGCUGUAAUUUCCUUGUCUCCAGCUGUGGUUAGUGACGUGUGCUUAAUUGUGCAGCACUUCCUCUCUCUGUCCCUUGUGACCACCCAACUUGAGUCAGAUGGACGGAGAGGGAAGGACAAAGUGACCAAGCAGCAAGUUACUCUCCUGGACAGUCCAGUAUAGAGCACUGAGCACCAGCUGGGCCACGGUGGCAUGUUAAUUUCUCCCUUCAUGAUGCUCCUCACCACUGUGCAGCUCCUACCCUGCCAGAUGGUCCAUGAGGAAGUGAAUCCAGCUGUAGCCCCUGCUCCAUCCCUCUCGGUGCUGCAGGCAAAGGAGAAGUUUUUCCUUGGAGAUGCUGUUACGCUGGUGUGCACCACUCCCCCCAGCGUCACUGGGAAGCGUUUGUACCAACUUUUUGGUGAGGCUGGCUGGGCACUAUCAGAGUAUAGCGAGAAGAACAACUACACCCACAAGUUCACCCUCUCCAAAAUGCAGCAUGGAGGGCCACAUUUCUGUAGCUACACCCUCCAGAAAGCCCAGAGGUUAUUCAGAUCCCCACCCAGUGAGAAACUGAUGAUCAAGAUUGAGGAUCCUCUUCCCCAACCACUGCUGAUGGUGGAGUCCCCACUCAGAGAGGUGAUGAGAGGAGAUCUCCUAAGGAUCAUCUGCAAGGCCCCUGGAAAUGCCACUGAGCGAAGGUUUCACUUCUACAGGGAUGGGAGAGAGUUCCCCCACAGGAAGGCAGGCUCUGAGAACAAUGCAUCUGAGAGAGAGGACAUUUUGAAUAAUGGCAUGGUCCUCCGCUUUCUGCAUGCUAGUCCCCAACACAGUGGAAACUUUACCUGCAAGUAUGAGGAAAAGAUGCAUGGGAGGUGGAUCCCCUCCCUCACAAGCCAAGCCGUGAAUGUCAAUAUUAAUAGCAACAAGAGAGGAAACAGCUGGUUCCUCCUUUUAUGGUUCUUGGCUGUGGGUGGUUGCUUCUUCACCAUCAAUGGCCUCAUCGUCCUCUUCUUCCAGACGUGGGUGAAAGAUGAAGAUUCCCCAUUACAGUCUGGAGCCAGACUCACUGGGUCCUCCCAAACAGCCUGUAGAGCCCUGUCCACCCUGCAACCCCAGCCCAGCACUCAGCAUCAUGGGUAUGAGCAGGAUGAGUGAAAGAAGACAUAUUGGGCAUUUCCAACCCCUCAAGACCACUCCUCAUGUAUGACACAUCCAGAAAGGCUGAUAUGCAGCCAUAUCAGACCCAGGCUGUGGGAUAAAGCAAGAACCAUUUCCUGGGGGAAGUGGGAGAGACAGUAGAAAAGGAUUAUCAUUUUACAUGGGAAAGGUGGGGGGGGAGGAGUAAGGAGACAAAGGUGGCAAGAGAUGUGAGUGAGAAAUGAAAAAUAAAAUGGGAGAAAAAAGUGAGAA